AUGGCAAAAAGAGGUCGGGGACGACCUAGAAAGGACCUGAUGGAACUCCUACCAGCUGUAGCACCAGAUCGACACAGAGAAGAGUCAAAUGGAAAGGGGGCUACACUCAAAUCGCCGGCAGUGGGGGAAGGAGAAAGCGCAACUAAAAACCUAAAUAGAACUCCGGCGGCGACGGUGGUUUCUGUACCAAUUCCUCCGGUGGUAGAAAUGGGGUCUACGAGCCCACCACUGCAUACAGGGCAGAGUGUGGAACCUAAUGCUGUGCUAUUAGAAGGGACGACGAUGGAGAAGGAACAGAAGGACCUUCCACCUGAGGAAUAUGCAGAUGAGGAGGGUGGAAGGAACAACUGGGCUAGCUUGUUCGCGAAGAACCGCACGGCAACGUCGGGACUUCCACUGACUUACAUACCUCCCACGAUCAUUAAUGGAAAACCUAUGGUGGUGUUGGAAGACGUGGAGCUGGAAAAGAAGACAAAUGAGUGGCAGAAUGCAUUGGUGGUGUAUGUGGUGGGGGGAAACCCAUUGUAUUCUUAUAUGGCAAAUUACAUUGCUAAAUUUUGGAACUCUGUUGCAGAUCCGAUUUUGUAUAGGCAUGACGAUGGCUUCUUUAUUGUUAAAUUCCAAAGUAAAGAUGAUAGGGAUGAGAUUCUAUAUGCUGGGUCGUACUCUAUCAACAACAGACCCAUUAUUUUGAAAGGUUGGACCUCGGAUUUUGAUUUCAAGCAGGAUCUUCCCCACACGAUGCCAAUUUGGGUGCGAUAUCCCCAUCUUCCUCUGAACUGCUGGGAACCAGCUACAUUGAGUAAAUUUGCAAGUCGUCUAGGCAUUCCCUUGUACGCAUAUGAAUGCACGACACGACAAAAUAAGGUUACCUAUGCUACAGUUCUAAUUGAGAUGAAUGUCACACAAGACCUGCCCAGUGAAAUUGAAGUGGUUGAUCCAAAUGGAAGAGUCUUUAAGCAAGAUGUGGAAUAUGAUUGGAAACCCAUCUUUUGCAAAACGUGCCUUCGAUAUGGGCAUGAAUGCAAACUUGAGGAAGGCAAACCACAACAUGGACAUAUACAAGGCUUCAGAGGAAGGCCAAGGGACAAUGGAAAACAAUGGAAUACCAAACCAGUUCAAACUGAUGCAGCAACCAAAGUAAUAGAACAUGCCAAGCAGUUAGCUACAACUACUGGUACAAGUAAGGUGACUACGCUGGACCCAACCCCUGCAGAGGCAAAUUCAGAUGCCACAAAGGGACAGCAGCAGCAGACUCAUAAGGGACAGCAGCAGCGAACUCAGCUAACAUCACAGAGAGGAACGAGUACCACUCAGGAAAGGAUAACCAAUGCAAUGCAAAAUAUAGAGGGACCUGGCACAACAUCAUAUGCUACACUGGUUAGAACAAAUCCAAUACUGCGAGUGAGCAACAAGGAUAAUGUGGGACUUGAGUGGGCAGAAGAACCUCCUGAUGGGAGGAACAAACAAAAGGCUGCUGAUAUAGUGAUAAAUAUAGAGGAGGUGCAUGCUCAAUAUAUACAUGCAAAAUUAAACGAUAGGGCCACUAAUUUCCAUUGUUAUCUUACUUUGGUCUAUGGUAAGAACACGAUUGAGGAAAGGAAAAGCUUAUGGGAGGGGCUGCUAAGACUAGGGCCAAACAUCACUGCACCUUGGUGCAUAUGUGGAGACUAUAAUACUCCACUUUCUUGUACGGAUAGAAUAGGUGGCCAAGGGGUUGCAGCUCAUGAAACAAGGGACUUACAGCAUGUGGUAGAUACUUUGAACCUUGCAAAUAUGAAGGCGUCUGGAAGGCUGUACACAUGGUCAAAUGGACAUGUAUGGAGUACCAUUGAUAGAGCACUCUGUAAUAAUGCAUGGGUUAUACAGCAUGGACAUCUCACUGCCCAGUUUAGAGAGAACAACUUCUCAGAUCAUUCUCCCAUCCACAUUGAGCACCAUAGACUUACAGGGGGUGCCAAAAGGCCAUUUCAAUUUCUAAAUAGCCUUGCUGAUCAUGAGGAGUUUCUGCACACAGUGGGUGCCAUUUGGGGUACACAAAUGCAAGGAAAUGCCAUGUAUAGAGUGUGGCAAAAUCUCAAGUUAUGCAAAGAGCCUCUAAAGAAAUUAAUGCACAAUCGUGUGGGAAGCAUUGACAGGAGAGUACAAGAGGCAAGAGAACGGCUGCAGGUCACUCAGACACAAGUGACCCAAAAAAUGCAACUUGGGGCGCAUCCGGAAGUAGUACAACAAGAGAAAGAAGCCUUAGCAGACCUGCAACGAUGGUCAGAACUUCAGGAGAAGAUUUUAAAGCAAAAAUCGAAGGCACAUUGGAUUAACUCAGGCGAUGGAAAUAACAGGUAUUUUUUUACAUGCAUGAAGGCACGGUCUAGCUUAAAUAGUAUAUCAGUGUUGAAAGAUGGAGCAGGAAGAAAUCUGGUGAAACAUGAGGAGAUAGAAAAUGAGAUAUUGAAGUUUUAUAAGGGACUGCUUGGCUCUCAAUUAGAUCGUUUACCUGCUAUUGAUGCCAGAGUUAUGAGGAAGGGACCUAAACUAACUCUAACACAACAACGAGAGCUAUGCGCACUUGUCACUCAAGAGGAGAUUAAGAGAGCAUUAUUUGACAUUGAUGAAAAUAAAGCACCCGGGAUUGAUGGCUUCAACUCUUGUUUUUUCAAGAAGGCAUGGAAUAUAAUUCAAGAAGAGGUGUGCACGGCUGUGCAGGAAUUCUUCUAG